AUGGUUGCAACAACAUUAAAAGAUGGACAACAUUAUUUUGAAAAGGGAAAUUGCUAUCUUUUUGGAAGAAAAGGUUAUCCAGUAGACACAAUGAAAGCUGUAUGCUGUUUUAGAAAAGCAAUCGCUUUUAAUUAUGCAAAAGCAGAAGGUGUCCUUGGGUUUUGUUAUGAAUUUGGUUUAGGUGUGACAAAAGACUUUGUAAAAGCAGAAAAGCAUUAUAUCUCAGCUGCUCGUCAACUAGAGGAUGGUCUUUCGAUGGCUCGUUUAGCCUUUUUGAGAAAAUAUGGCCGUCCUUCAGUUAAGAUUGAUCGUGUUGAAGCAGAGAUUUGGGCAGAAAGAGUGAAACGUUGUCAGAAUGCAGUGGAUUGGAUCAUUGAAGCUGCUACAAUAGAUCAAGAUCCAAAUGCUCAAUAUGCCCUUGGUGUCUGUUAUCAUGAUGGUGUAGGUGUACCAAAGGAUGAAGACGCUGCCUUCCGUUGGUAUAAGGCAAGUGCUGAACAAGGGAAUGCUCGUGGCCAAGGUAUCUUGGGCUAUUGUUAUGGUGAGGGCUUUGGUGUAGCCAAGGAUGAAUUAGAAGCGAUGCGUUGGUAUCGAUUAGCUGCUGAACAAGGUGAGACGGUCGCUAUUUAUAAUGUAGGUUAUUGUUAUGAAGAUGGAAUUGGGGUUAAAAAAGAUGUACAUGAGGCUGUUAAAUGGUAUGCGUUAUCUGCUGAACAAGGAAAUGCCUUUGCUCAAAAUUCAUUGGGUUAUUGCUAUGAAGAUGGUAUUGGUGUACCUCAAGAUUUCCAAAGGGCUACCUAUUGGUAUCAACAGUCCGCUCAGCAAGGUUAUCCAUGGGCUGAAUGCAAUCUAGGCUAUUGUUAUCAAAACGGAAUUGGAGUUGAAAAGAACGAUAGCUUAGGUGCUUAUUGGUAUAAGAAGGCGGCUCUUCAAGGUCAUGCAAGGGCACAGCAUAAUUUAGGUUUCUGUUACCAAAAUGGGAUUGGUGUGGAGCGAGAUGAGGUAGAGGCAGUCAAGUGGUACAAGAGAUCAGCAGAGAGAGGCAAUAUAUUUGCUUAUCAUUCAUUAGGAUACUGUUAUCAAAAUGGAAUUGGUGUGCAAGUGAAUGAGCAAGAAGCUGUAUUCUGGUAUUAUCUGAGUGCUGAAGAGAACCAUGCGCCUGCUCAGUUAUCAUUAGGGUAUUGCUAUCGUAAUGGAAUUGGUGUACCCAAGAAUGAACGUGAAGCUGUUAAAUGGUUCCGUCAAAGCGCUGAACAAGGGAACGCAUUGGCUCAAAAUUCAUUAGGCUUUUGUUAUGAAGAGGGCCUAGGCGUCAAGAAGGAUUGUUCUCGAGCUGUCUAUUGGUACCACAAGUCGGCACGUCAAAAUAAUCCAUGGGCUCAGUGUAACUUGGGCUUUUGUUAUGCAAAUGGAAUUGGUGUUCAAAAGGAUGAUAUAAAAGCAGUUGAAUGGUAUCGUAGAGCAGCUAAUCAAAACCAUGCUCGUGCCUUGGAUAAAUUAGGUUCUCAUUUACAAAACGGUAUCGGUAUUGAAAAGGAUUUAAAGGCUGCAUUUGACAUGUUUAAAAAGGCUGCUGAACAAGAUCAUGUUGCUGCACAAUAUCAUUUAGCUAAUUGUUAUGAAAAGGGAUUAGGAGUUACAAUAGAUCUUCAUCAAGCAACGAUUUGGUUUGAACGUGCUGCUAUGGCUGGAUGUCGUAGUUCACAUGAAAGAUUAAGACGUUUAUUAGCUCGUGUUUGCUUGAUCUCACCUGGUUUAUCGCAUUCAAUGAAUGAUGAUGAUUUAAUCUGCUCUGGAUUUAUUUGUGGACAUAGUGCGCCGGCCGCAUAG